UAUCCUAAGCAACACCCAGUUAUUGAUCAUGGAAACGAUGCUGAUAAUGAAAAUAUUUCAUUUUUGUUUUAUAAAUCCGCUUUUGAAGCCGACAAAGCCAAGAGCAACUUGUAAGGAACAUUACGAAGCUUUUUGGAAAAUCUGCAGAAAAACCUAACAACAUCUGCUAUACUGAAAACACUCAAUAGAGAGGUAAAUUUGGAUAGAUCACAAGAAAAAAAGCAAAAACUAAACGAUAAUUUAGAGUUCUUCAGAACUCUUUCUCACUGUUUAAUGGAGUUCUCGGUUAAAGCUGUAUUUUUUUUACAAACAAGCAAAAAUUAAAGUAUCACCUUUCUAUCAAAACUUCGGAGAGUACCUACUAGUCAGCAAGUUUUGACUAGGAAAAUUAAGUUGCAGUUGACAACUUACUUUGCAGAAAUGGAGUUUUUCAACGUUUUAUUUUUUGGAAUAAUCGAUGAAGGAAUUGACUACAUUAUCAAUGCCCUACGAACGAUGCAAAUUACAAUUGAUACUUAUACAGAUAUUCAACGAGACAUUUUAUAUAACUGGAAUUUAGAAAUUGAUGAUUGGUGUUAUAAUCUAUAUUUUGGGUUUUUACAGAAGUGGUCCACUCUCAUUUAUAAACGUGCUAUUGAUUUAAAGCUUCAAAUGGUAUAUAAUGUGUAUGCAAUGACGGAAACAGUUAUACAUGUCAUGCACCAGGUAGAAUUUAAAACGCAACGACUGUUUAAUUGUUUGAUUUAAAAUGGAUACGAUAUUAAGUGCAAUUUUUUAUGCCACCCCGAAGAUGAUUUCGAAGAAUUAUUUGCGAGCUUGAAAGACCUGCAAAUAUACUACGACAUGAAAAUAAAUAGAGGGCGAGUAAGAACGAAGAGAUUACAACGUAAUAUGGAUUCAUCUUCACGUCGAAUUCAUAUUUUCAAACUUAAUUUUACAUCCCACGGCUUUACGGAGAAUAUAAUGCUUAACAGUUAUAAUAUGUGUUUCAAAAUAAACAAAAGCUAA